UCCUGUUAUUUCUUUCUGACGCUUCAUUACUUUGACAAAAAUCAAAUAAUCCAUUAUGGGUGUGCCUCACCUAAAUAUAUACCUGGGUUGUGUUCAGAACAGUAUUUAUUUCUGUCAAACCAUUUGUAAGACAGACUUUUACUACAAACUUCAAAGCUGCUAGAUCUGGAGAGUUCGUCCAGCACACAAAAAGUUUCCCAAUGGCAAAUGAAGCAAGACCUUGUCCUUGCGACCUUGGAGAUGAGUUUGAUUAUAAGGGACUUGGGCAGGAGAUACAAAUAGAUCACAUAAAGGCGUAUGUCUCCAAACCCCAGACGAGCACAGACAAAGCUGUAAUUGUGGUUCAGGAUAUCUAUGGAUGGGAACUUCCUAAUACUAGACUCUUCGCUGAUCUGCUUGCUGCUAAUGGAUACACGGCUGUCCUUGCUGAUUUUUUUGCGGGUAAAGAACCUUGGAAGUCAACUAAUGACAGCGCCACCUUUUUUGACUGGCUUGAAACUCGACCAGCAAACAAAGUAGACAGGGAAUUUGAUGCUGUGUUGAAGUAUUUAAAAGAACAAUGUAAAGCAACGAAGAUCGGGGUAAUAGGCUUUUGCUGGGGAGGUAUUGUGACCCAUUAUCUGAUGCUAAAGUACCCUGAACUUAAAGCUGGAGUUGCAUUCUAUGGCUUAGUCCGUGAGGACUGUGAUAAAUAUGAGCUGCUAAACCCAACUUUAUUUAUUUUUGGCGAGAAUGAUCCUCUCAUACCCCUUGCACAGGUUCAUUCAUUGGAACAAAAGUUUAAGGAACAUUGCAAAAAUGAUUUUAAAGUCAAAGUGUUUCCAAAGCAAACACAUGGAUUUGCUCAUCGAAAAAAAGAAGAAAUCAAUCCAGAUGAUAAACCUUAUAUUCAGGAAGCAAGAAAAGAUAUGUUGUUGUGGUUAAAGAAAUAUAUCAACUAGUUCCAUGUUGCAUAAGUGUCACACACAAUGUUACUCUGCAUUUUUCUGCAUGAAAAUUAUUAUCCUGAGUAUUUUUAAACAGCUUUAUUUCUUAAUCACUCAUCAUAAAGAAAUAAUUCCUUGAUUAAUGUGAUAAACAAAAUUUGUGAUUUAUAAAAAAUUCCAUUAUUAUCUCAA